UUAAAAAAAAAAAAAUGGUUUAGCGGAACUUAAAAAAAAGUGUAAUUUGACCAGCAAAUAAAAGUCAGUCGCAGAGAAAUAAAAUCACGACAAACUCAUUUCAAGGUUUGUACAGAGAAACAUUUAAACGUCUUGCUUUUGUUCACUAGUCUAAAGACAAGUUCAGCUCCUCUUCAACAGGAUAAACUGAAAGAAGUAUGGAUUCAGUCGGAGUGAAUGUGAUAAAAACUGCAGCUCUUGGGAGAUCCUUCGAGUUGGGCAUGCUGUACGACUGCAGAAAAGACGCAUUAAUACCAGGCUUUAGAUGUUGGAAACCAGAGGAUCUUCAGAAGAAUAUUUCCUCUCGUAGCCAAAUUGCUACAAGAUUCAAAGUCACAGCUUCAGACUCCAUUAAGGAUAAAUCUAAAUUACUAAAUAUUGGUGGCGAAUUGAAACUGAGUCUUUUAAGUGGACUCAUCAGUGUAAGUGGAGCAGCAAAGUAUCUCAAUGACACCAAGAAGUCUUUCAAGCAGCAGAGACUGACGCUACAUUAUCAUUCAACCAGCGAGUUUAAAGAACUGGUCAUUAACCAGUUGCCUGCUGAAAAUAUUCCUGAUGAUGAUAAUGAUAUUGCCACUCAUGUAGUGACAGGAAUACUGUAUGGAGCAGAUGCCUGCUUUGUGUUUGACAGAGAAGUUUCUACAAAUGAGGACAAAACCACAGUAGAUGGAGAAGUAAACAUGGCCCUAGAUAAACUAAAGGGCAUCGCUUCAAUAGCUGGAAAUGUUAAUCUGAGCAUGAAUGAAGACCAACAAUCUUCAGUCAAAAACUUCACAUGUACAUUUUAUGGAGACUUCCAGUUACAAUCUAACCCAGCCUCUUUUGAAGAUGCGAUGAAUGUUUUUGCUGAUCUUCCAAAACUACUGGGAGAAAAUCAAAAGCUGGCAGUUCCUCUGAAAGUUUGGCUUUAUCCUCUGAACAAACUUCACUCAAGAUCCUCAAAACUUCUGAAGGAGAUCAGCAUGGAUCUAAUCAUGAAGACUGAAUCAGUGAUUGAGAGUUUAAAUACAGCUGAGAUGAAAUGCAGUGAUCUUCUAGAAGACUCUCCUGCUCAGACAUUUGAUGCAUUUCAUGAUAAAAUUCUGGAAAUGAAUCAAAACUGCAACACAUAUAAGUUGACAUUGGUGAAGAAACUCGGCUUUCUGCUGCCAGACAUCCGCGGGGACAAGAUGAAGGAAACUGCACUGAAUGAUCUUCUACAAGAAAAUGACAAAUCUCCAUUCAGAGGAAGUGAUCUUGCAGAGUGGCUGGAAGAAAGAGAAAGAGAGUCUGAGAUCAUUAAAUCAGUCCUCGGACGGCUAAAGGAUUAUGGUGCACAGGUGGAAGACAACAUAGAUGCCAUCUGGAUGGGCCUGGAUGUUGGAAACCUGGUGUGUUACACGUUUACAUCACUGGACUGCUCAGAUGUGCUUCUUUCUAAACAAACUGCCUACUUGAGUCCUUCAACACAAGGAGAAACUGAUCAGAAGAUCCCUGAUUCAAAGCAAACUUCUUGGCUCACUGCUGAGAUCAAAAAUACCAUGAAGAGAAACUUGAAGAUAUUUAAGAACUUGGUCAAUUCAAACAGCUGUAAACAAGACAGGUUCAUUGUGUCAUCAAGAGAAAUGGAGAAUCAUCCUGGUUCCUGCAUUCUCCUGUAUGAACAUGGAUGUGAAGAAGCUGUUUGCUUUACUCCUCCAUCCAAACCACCCCGUCCAAUCACUGAAGAGGUCAAAGGUCAAAAUGUGGUUCUGAAGGUUCCUCCAUCAUGUCCUGCUACAGUGGAGCUCAGAUUACUGUAUAAACCGAAGCAGGACACAGACUGGACAUCUGAACCUGUGCUGAAGGAUCAACACACAGUUACUCUGACUGAUCUGAGAGCAGGAACUGAGUAUGAGAUCAAAUAUGCAGCGCUGGGGAAACUCAACUACACCGUAGACAGUGACGUGAUCAGAGUCAUCACAGAGAAAAGGAACAGAGCAGGUACAGCAGACAGUGAUGAUGUGAGGAUUGUGUUGCUGGGAAAGACGGGUGUUGGGAAGAGUGCAACGGGAAACACCAUACUGAGACGAGAAGCUUUUAAAUCAAUACUGACUUCACGCUCAGUGAAAGAAACAUCUGAGUUCAACAGAAGACAGAUCACUGUGAUUGACACUCCAGGCCUGCAUGAUACUGGAGUCAGUGAUGUUGAGACCUGGAAGGAGAUUAUGAUGUGCAUCUCAAUGGCGGCACCUGGUCCACAUGUGUUUCUGCUGGUGAUUCAACUGGGACGAUUCACUCAAGAGGAGAAAGACAUAGUGAAGUUGAUCUACGGGACAUUUGGAGACAAGUCCAGAAUGUACACCAUGGUGCUGUUCACCAGAGGAGAUAAACUAAAAGGAAGAAAAAUUCAAGAUUACAUUGAAGAUGAUGAAAGUUUAAAGAACCUCGUCCAUCAGUGUGGUCACAGAUACCAUGUGUUCAAUAACAAUGAGACUGAAGAUCUGACGCAGGUUUCUGAGCUGCUGGAUAAGAUUGACUGUAUGGUGGCAGCAAAUGGAGGGAGUUUCUACACCAAUGAGAUGUUCCAGCAGGUGGAGAAGAAAAUCAAAGAGGGACAAGAGAGAAUACUGAAAGAGAAAGAAGAAGAGAUCAAGAGAAUAAAAGAAGAGCUGAGAGCCAAGUAUGAAGCUGAAAUAGAACAAAUGAAGAAAGAAAAUGAGAGAGAAAGACACGAGAUGCAGAAUGAAAUAAGUAAAACUACAGAGGAGUUUAAAAAGAGAGGACAAGAAAUCAAGAAUGAAAAAGAUAAGAAUGUACAAAAAGAGAUGAAGAAAAUACUGGAAGAGAAACAGAAAGAAUUUGAAGAGGAGAAUAAACGUAAAGAAAAAUCUCUAGGAGAACAACAACAGAACUUUAUAAAAUAUAUGGAAGAAAAACAUGAGAAAGAAAAACAAAACCUACUGGAAAUAAUUCAAAGAGAAACAAGAGAACAAGCAGAGCAUGAAUAUAAUGAAAAACUUGACAGACGAGUGGCUAAAGCUUUAAAAGAAGCUGAAGAAAGACAUGAAACAGAAAAGGCUAAAGCUUUAAAAGAAGCUGAAGAAAGACAUGAAACAGAAAAGGCUCAAGCUUUAAAAGAAGCUGAAGAAAAAUAUGAAACAGAAAAGGCUAAAGCUUUAAAAAUAGCUGGAGAAAGACAUGAAACAGAAAAGGCUAAAGCUUUAAAAAAAGCUGAAGAAAGACACAAGAAAGAAGUGGAGGAAGCCUCUAAAGUUGAAGAAAAAAACAAGGCAAAAGCUUUAAAAGAAGCUGAAGAAAAAUAUGAGAGAGAAAAGGCUAAAGCUUUAAAAGAAGCUGAUGAAAAAUUCAAGACAGAAAAAGCUAAACUUUUAAAACAAGCUGAAGUAAAAUUCAACACAGAAAAGGCUGAAGCUGAAGCAAAGACUCCAUACAGAUCAAAACGAGCUAGUGAAUGGAGUCACUAUGUUCCUGUUAUUGGAGGAGCUGCUGGAGGUUUAUUUGGUGUUUUCGAAGACAUCAUAUACUAAUAUUCUCAAUAUCAAGCUCAAAACCUGAGCAGUGAAUUUAGGUAUAUUGGGACAAAUUUUUGUUCAAUGUAUUAACUCUUUCUAAAAUGCAACAGUUAUUAGGAUGUUUUGGUUAUAGUUGGACAACAUUUAAUUCCCAAAAGGUCAUUGCUGUCUUCAAAUGCUGGUUGGAGACAUCAUUCCCAGAUGGUGAAUUUCAGACAUGUUAUUGGUUCUGAACCGGGAACACACGUUAAUGAGACAGUCUGUAGACUUCAUUGGGUUCAGUGACAUUCUCAUUGUACAUGUAAGAGACAAUGUACAUUCAGCCGGUUGUUAUCACAGAAUAAACCCAGACAGGAUGAUCAGGACCCCGACUCUUAUUACACAGCUACUUGUAAAUAAUUAGACACAUUAAUAUUGAUUUGAGUUGAAUUAUUUUAUUAGCUCCUUCAAUGUAAUGCUUCUAAAUUUGUUCCUAAGAAAAUUUCAGACAAGACAGACAUUUAAGGCAUAAUAUAAAGUUUAAAGUAGUGCUUUUGGUAGUGACAUUUUGUCAACUAUAAACUUAAAACCUUAACCCUUGCAUUUUAGAAAGAGUUAUAAAAUUAUAUUGAACAAAAGAAACAAAUUUAUUGUACACAGGUAUCAUAAUCAGAAUGAGCUUUUAAUGCCAAGUAUGGCAUUAACACACACACACACACACACACACACAAGGAAUUUGUCUUGGUGAGAGGAGAAGCUUCUAGUGCAGUUAUGAUUUUUCGCAAUAUACCUGAAAUCUACAGGAAAGAAUUAAAAGAGAAACAAGGGAACAAGCAAAGCGGGGUGGCGUGUUCAUUAGAUGUAAAAUUGCUAGAGAAGACUAGAUGGAUACAUACACUAUAUUGCCAAAAGUUUUUGGGACGCCUGCCUUUACGUGCACAUGAACUUUAAUGACAUCCCAUUCUUAAUCUGUAGGGUUUAAUAUGGAGUUGGCCCACCCUUUGCAGCUAUAACAGCCUCAACUCUUCUGGGAAGGCUUUCCACAAGGUUUAGGAGUGUGUUUAUGGGAAUUUUUGACCAUUCUUCCAGAAGCACAUUUGUGAGGUCAGGCAGUGAUGUUGGCGAGAAGGCCUGGCUCACAGUCUCCGCUCUAAUUCAUCCCAAAGGUGUCUGUCGGGUUGAGGUCAGGACUCUGUACAGGCCAGUCAAGUUCCUCCACACCAAACUCGCUCAUCCAUGUCUUUAUGGACCUUGCUUUGUGCACUGGUGCGCAGUCAUGUUGGAACAGGAAGGGAAGUGAUUGGAACACCUGAAUUCAAUGAUUUGGAGGGGUGUCCCAAUACUUUUAGCAGUAUAGUGUAUUAGUCAUUGUAAAUUAGCUCAUAAGGAAGAACCUUGUGUUUUAGUGACUUAGAGGCCAACCUCAUGAUGAAGAUAUGGCGGUGAGGGGCUACGAUCAUUAGCUUACACCAGACUAUAGUUUAGUUGUCAGACAAAUGGUCUAUAUGGUCUUUGUAUAUCUCUGGUUAUAAUGGAGUCAAAAUAAUUUCAACAAAGUUAAAAGUUCAAGCCUUAUCAUACUGAGGACACUCAGUGUCGACAAACACCUGCAAACAGGAACUUCAGACAAAGAGACGGAACAAUCUUCGACUUCCAGGACAUUUAAGAACAAAAAUGAUGAGCUACAGAAGAUAUAUAAGAAACAAGACAAAAAAGUUAGACUGACAUCAACUGUUUUCAAUUUUUGUUUUGGUUUUUAAUAUUCAUGCAGGGGUGGUUUUAAAUUGCAUACUUGUUCUGCACAUUUUAAAUCAGGCCAAUCGAUGAAUGGUUUUUAAUUAUGCUGAAAGAUGUGAUCAGAAAUAACAUGAUGUGGAUUCAAUGAUUAUCAUUGGCUAGAAAAUCAUAGUGAUGCCACUCUGUCUUUGACUUUACACAUAUGCCAAAGCUCUAAAAGUUCACAAAUUGGCAAUUGUUUGCACAUUCAUUACCCAUGUCUGAUUUGAUCUCUAUAACUUGACAAACAACAUGGGCAAAUGUGUAAUUUAGUCAACAAUCUAGCUAAAGUUCUUCAGGAACAAGUUGUUAAACUCAAUGAAAUUUUCCCCCUCAUCUGAAAUAGAAAGUCUAAGUGAGAUACUUGGAAUCAUUUGAAGCAUUUUAGCAGCUGUAGUUUCAAGAUUGUUUAUCAUAUUGCUCCUGUACAUUACAUCUCAUUGUUGAUUUGUUUUGUCAGAUGACUUAACUGCAGUAAAACAACAGUCUAUGACACAUUCCCCCUAACAGACGCCGGUAUGCGGUAUGACAGAAGAGACCUGUUCUUUUCUUUAAAAGGACAUGUAGAAGGGAAGAGCAUAGUCAGAUCACCUGAGCUUUUCAAAGUAUGUUUUGAUAAUGAUUAUGAAAGUUUGCUUGCAUUCAAUCAGUUUGUGUUUGCAUAUAUGAUUAAGAGGGGGGACUAAAGGAUCUAAUAAUUCUGUGUAGUUUCAAAAGAGCAACCAUAUAUUUGUGUUUUUUUUUUUUUUUUAUUAUUCAUUUAUAAUCUUUUUAUUAUUCCAUUUAAUCAAAUAACCAUUUUUAAUAACCAUUUAUAUACUAAUUUUACUGAUACAUAUAUCGUUCUGUCAUUUUCUAUUAUUUUUCCAUUCCUGUUUAAUCUUGUUUAGUUAAUGUUAGGUGCUGUUGUCUUCACAAGCAAGCAAGAGAUGUCUCCAUUUAAAGGUUUUUAACAUCACGGGAGGAUUUUGUGAAGCAGCAAUUAUCCAUUGCUUGUGAUAUAAUAACAGAAGGAUUUGUGAUGGUCAGAUGAAAUUUGACUGAGCAUUGAAACAGACACAACUAGGAUUACUCAAUAAACUUUGAUUAUUUUACCUUCA